ACAAACGAGCGAAAGAGAAAAAAACGAAAACAAAGAUGCAGCCGUUAAUACAACGCGGCAGCGCAGCCAGCAGAGCAGCAGCAGCAGCAGCAGCAGCAGCAGCAGCCGCAACGAAAUUAGCAACAACGAGUAGCAGUAAAUGUAAUAGUAACAACAAAAACAACAACAACAACUUAACAUUAGCUAUAAUGCGAACAAAAAAAGCAACAGCAACAGCAACAACAAAAACAAACGCAAACUCCAAAUUUCACAAACGUCGACGAAGGCGACAGCGCAGCAGCAGCAGCACAACAACAGCAACAGCAACAGCAACAGGAGCAACAACAAUCCGUAGAAGAAGCAGCAUCCCAUAUCUAAGCAGAACUGGCGCCUACCUGACGCUUCUGCUCCUAACCACAACAUGUUCCUUGUGCGCUGUUGCCGCCGCAUCCGCUGCCAGCGCUUCGGCUGCCGCCGCUGCCGUCGCCGCUGCCGCUGCCUCUGCCACGAAUGGCGCCAGCGCCAGUGGCUUUGUGUUGCCCAGUUCACCCUGUGCACCGCAGCACUGGUGGGAUCAGCUGCAGCACAAGUGCACGCCCUGCACCAGUUGCCAGGGCGAGAUGAUGACCCAUCGCCCGUGCCAGCUGCACAUCGAUACCGUUUGCAGGUCCAUUUACGAUCUGCCCAUCGAUUGGGUGAGGGUGUCCAGAACGGAGCCAAACUGGAAGGAGCGCCGAAAGUUUUCGGAAUAUGAGCAUUUUGAUCAUCCAACGCCGCUGCAGCAUUUGACCCACGAGCAGCUGCAGCAGCUGCACGAGGAGGCAGCCGCUGCCUUGCCCCUCGACUGGCAGACGGGCGCACUCUUUAUCGCGGCGCUCGCCUGCCUGCUCUUCUUCUCGGUGGCCGCCUGCAUACUCAUCCAUCAUAUGCGCCAGUGGCGCCGCAUGGAGCGCCGAUUGGAUCAAGAUGUGGAAGAGUUGUCCACGAAGCUGAUGGCCAAGCUGGCCGAGGUGCAGAGUCUGGAUGGUGGCACCUUCUUCAUAGGCAAUGCGGAUGCGCUGCGCGGUCUGCCCGCCUCGGCAAUGACGUCGGCGUCGGCGUCAGCGUCAGCUGCACAGUCGGGCAUCUUUCAGCCGCAACAUGUGCUGCUGCCUGUGGAAAAGCAUGCGAAGCAUCACGAGCGACGCAUUCUGAAAACCCUGCAACCGGGCAACGUCUACAUCGAGGAGAGCAACGGAUUAGGAGCUGGUGUCUUUGCCGGCUCGAAGGGCUGAUGCUGCAGCCUGGCCAGCAGCUUGUUGGGAACUACUUAAGUGUACGUUGUCGUCUAGUACAACAGCAACAACAGCAAUAACAGCAACAACAGCAACAACAGCAGCAACAACAACAGCAACUACAAUUUUGUACAAAGAGAACGCUGAGGGAGCUCGAGAACUUGCAAAAUUUUGAUAAUUAUCUACGUGUACGAUUAAUAUAUAUUUGCCUGAUAUUUAAUUUAAAUGUUAUGUUGACUUGUUUGUAAUGCAAAGGCACAGCAAUUAAUUAAUAUUCUUAAUUAUUAAUUAAUCAACACGUUCAUGCUGGCAAAUAGUUGUAUCAAACGGCUUGCACAAGCAUUUGUUUAUGAAUUCGAGUUAGUCUAAAUUGGAAAUUUGUGCAAACUUUUUCAAAAGCCUUUUGUCAACACUCACAAAAGACUUUUCGUGAAAUAGCUGGACUAAAUUAGAGAUUUGCUUCAAACGUAAAUAUUUUGGGCCGACUGUCUGCAAAACUUUUCUCAAAACUCAAGGAACUCCAUAAAAUCUGGAAUAUAUGUAGAGAUACUCGAACUUGAUUUUCUAUUCGGAGCUGUUUGCCCAAACCAUUUGCCACACUGAGCGUUACAUUAAUUCUAUAUGCGGAAUUGGUAAAUUGUUUUUGUAUAUAUAAAAGGGAGUUUUUUUUUUUUUUUUUUUU